CCCCUCUCUCUCUCUCUCUCUCUCUCCUCGCCUCACUCAAUUCCCUCUCAUUAUGGCAGAACCAGAACCCGACAUUUCCGACCCGGUCGUACAAAACCCUAACAAUGAAGACGAAGAAGACCUCUACGAACAAAGCGACGACGUCGAAGACGACGAUGAGGACGAGGACGAGGACGAAGACGAGGACCUCGAAUCCCAAAAGGCGAAGCUCCGAAACCGAUUUCAGAAUUUCUUUCGCAGAAUACAACACGAAUCGGUCCCAAUUCGUGUUCAUGAUGUUGUAAUCAAAGGAAACACGAAAACUAAAGACGCUUUGAUUGAAGCAGAAACGGCGUCGCUUAAAGAUGCGUCUACCUUUAAAGAGUUGUUUGCGGCUUCAAGCGAUGUGAAUUUUAGGUUACAAGCACUUGAGAUUUUUGAUUCGGUGAAGAUCACGCUUGAUUCGGGCCCGCCGGAGUUGCCUGGGACUGCUAACGUGAUUGUCGAUGUUGUGGAAACUAAGAGCCCUCUCUUGGGUGAAAUUGGGGUUUUCAACAAAGGCGAGGCUUCAUCAUCAACAUUGGAGGGUACACUCAAGUACAAAAACAUAUUUGGUUAUGGGGAUCUUUGGGAUGGCUCUCUGGCAUAUGAUUGUGACCACAAGGCAGAGGUAAGUGCUGGUGUGUUUUUGCCAAGAUUCAAAGGACUUGUGAACCCGGUAACAGCACGACUAUUCCUGCAAUCUCAAGACUGCCUAAAGUUUUCCUCUUUCAAAGAGCGAUCACUAGGGCUAUCUCUUGGCUUAUUCUCAACCAGGAACCAUGAUGUGGUGUACAAUCUUGCCUGGCGUACAUUGACAGAUCCAUCACGAACAGCUUCGAGUUCAGUAAGGGGGCAGCUUGGUCAUGGUUUACUUUCAUCUUUGAAGUACACAUUUAAGAUUGACAGGAGAAAUUCACCUCUGAGGCCAACACGUGGAUUUGCUUUUGUUUCUACAACCCAAAUUGGUGGCCUUGCACCUGAUAGUCGCAGCUUACGAUUUUUGCGCCAGGAGCUUGAUCUUCGUUGUGCUAUACCUCUUGGAUUUUACCAUUCUGCACUGAACCUGGGAAUAUCUGCUGGUGUUGUUUUUCCCUGGGGAUCUGGAUUUUUAAGCAUGCCUUCACCACUGCCAGAAAGGUUCUUCCUUGGUGGCAACUUAUCUCCAGUUUGCACUUUGGGUGGUCCAACAUCAUUAUGGGGGUUUAGGACUAAAGGUCUUGGCCCUACUGAGCCUCGAAGACAAUUGCAAAAUAACCCAGCUGAUGAGAAUGCUGAUUCUGGAAGGGAUUAUCUCGGAGGAGAUCUUGCUGUUGCUGCUUUUGCAGAUUUUUCUUUUGAUUUUCCAUCGAAGUGGUUAAGUGCAAAAGGAAUCCACGGACACCUUUUUGCUUCUGCUGGGAAUGUCGACAAACUAACAGAAAAUUCAUAUCGGAAUUUUUCUUUGCAAAAGUUCACUCAAUCAUUCCGUAGCUCCGUAGGAGUUGGAGUUGUUAUUCCUACAAAUCUCUUCCGAAUGGAGCUGAAUUAUUGCAACAUCUUGAAGAAAUUUGGCGAGGACCGUGGCAAGUCAGGAUUCCGUGUCAGCUUUUCUUCUCCAUCAUAGAAUACAGAAAGUCCUCCAUGCCAGGUGGUUGAGUUUCCUUUUCUUUUCUCCAUUUGUUUUUGGCCUUGCGAAGAAAAUCACACAUUAGACAGCCUUCAUUUUUUUGUUUCAAAUGUAAUUUUGAUGGUGGAAAGUCGGUCCGGAAUUUUAUGGUGCACAAAAAGAGGGAAAUAAUAUGAUAAAACAAAAUAUUGACGUAGGCA